GUCUUCCAACGUUACAGGCUGAUAAGGAAAAGACAAAACAAAACACGAGCGAUAGAAGAAAAAGGGGCAGUGUCAACUGUCAUCCCAGUUUGUUUACGUUGUUACAGACGAGCGUUUCUCGAGAGAAACAAACCUCAAGUUGUCGUACUCCAAUUCCCGUUCGAACGAGACAAAAAAAGGUGUUUCUUUUUCUUCCUUCCAAUUCUACAUAUUUGCCGUGUUUAUCUCGCGUCUAAAUUUUGCUCCUGGACAUCCUGGUGAUGAAAAAGAAAUAAAAAAACUCUGGAAGUUAAACUGCUCAUGACGAUGAAACAAAUGGUUUGUGCCAGCUAUUGGACGCCGUUCUGGAUGCUGAUUCUUCCCUUGUGUUAUUGCCAUCUCAUGCCGGGCGACACAUUCAGGCCAUCAGUUGUGUCGGCCGAGAACGUCCGACUGGAUUUGACCACGGCCAACGGUUACCAGUGGCGAACUUCUUUACCCAACGGCAGUCUGGUUGUUGAGGGCCAAGUCCCAGGGGGAAUUUACACCGAUUUGGAACGAGCCGGAGUCCUCCGUUCCGGACCUCUUCUCUAUCGUUUCAACGAUGGCAAUUACCGCUGGAUAGCUUUCAACGACUGGAAUUAUGCAUUGGAUUUCGACGUGGAUUCCAAUUUGGUGAAUCAGCCGGGAGUUUUCCUCGUCCUGCACGGAGUUGACACCAUCGCCGAAAUAUCAUUGAAUAGAUUAUUUCUCGGAGAAACGGACAACAUGUUUGUCCGUUACCGUUUCAACGUUCGCAAUCUGCUCAAGGCCCAAGGCAAUCAGUUGCGUGUACAAUUCCGAUCGCCCGUCGCCGUCUCGCGAAACAGAUACGAGCAACAGUUGAUGGAUUAUAUCGUACCGCCGCGCUGUGUACCGCCAGAGUAUCAGGGAGAAUGCCACGCCAAUUUCAUCCGGAAAAUGCAGGCUUCUUUCAGCUGGGACUGGGGACCUGCUUUCCCUUCCAUGGGUCUGUGGAAAGCCGUCUCUUUGGAGGCGUACCAGUCGAUUACGCUCAGAGAUGUUUAUGUUGAAACUUCUCUCAACGGCAGCGACUGGCAGGUUGAUCUCCUUAUGCACUGCGAGACGGCCGACAUUGGCGUUUCUCAUUCCGGCACUUGGGCCAUUCGAAUUUUUGAUAACGAAGACGUAUUACUGCAUGAAUUAAUCGACGACAGCCUUGUAUCUGGAGAUCAAGAAAGAGAAGCGACUGUCCGCUUCCAGCUGAGAAUUGGAGCCGAUCAGAUCGAGCCUUGGAUGCCGAACGGUUACGGCAAUCCGACACUUUAUAAUUUGUCUGUCAGCUAUUCCGAGAAUGAACAAGUGGCCAUCGCUAAAAAUCUACUAAUCGGUUUCAGAACUGUUGUUCUAGUUGAGGACGACCUUCAAACGGGAGGUCGGACGUUUUAUCUGCAAGUUAACGACGUGCCCAUAUUCCUCAAAGGAUCCAACUGGAUUCCGGCCGACGUUCUCCCCGAGCUCGUCACGCCCGAGUACAUUCGUGAUUUGCUGACUUCUUGCGUCGAUGCCAACAUGAAUUCCCUCCGCGUAUGGGGCGGCGGGAUUUACGAACUGGACGAAUUUUACCAGACGGCCGAUGAGCUUGGUAUCUUGGUGUGGCAAGAUUUCAUGUUUGCCUGUUCCAUGUACCCGACGACCUCCUGGUUUCUAGAGUCUGUGUCAAUAGAAGUCGUGCAGCAAGUCAGACGAUUGCAAGCCCAUCCUUCGGUCGUCCUCUGGGCGGGAAAUAAUGAAAACGAAGCGGCUCUCAGAGGGAACUGGUACGGCACUCUCAGCGAUUUCAAUCUCUAUCGACAAGACUACAUCAAACUUUACGUCGAUACUAUCCGUGAAAUCGUGAGGAGGGAAGAUCCUUCCAGGCCGUUCGUCGUUUCUAGCCCGUCGAAUGGCAAACUGUCAGAGGAAGAAGGCCACAUUGCUCGAGAUCCUUACAGUGAACUCUAUGGCGACGUCCACUAUUACAAUUACUAUUCCAACGGCUGGAACUCUUCCUCAUUUCCGAAACCACGAAUGUCGACGGAAUAUGGAUUUCAAGCUCUUCCUUCCGUUCAUUCCUGGGCAACCGUGGCUGACCCGUCCAAUGACGACGACUGGUCUUUCAAUGGAGCACUCUUGUCCAACCGCCAACAUCACCCGCUGGGAAAUUUCGAAAUGGAGCUUCAAGUCUCGUCCAGAUUUGGGUUACCGAAGACAAACUUGUCGACCAGGAGAGGGCUUGAGGAUAUGAUUUACCUAACACAGAUGCACCAAGCGCAAGCCAUCAAGACGCAGACUUUACAUUACCGUAGGCACAAAUACCAGUUGUCGGAGAAUGGAGCAGGGCUCACAAUGGCUGCGCUCUAUUGGCAACUGAACGACAUUUGGCAAGCGCCUUCAUGGGCCUCCAUAGAAUAUGGCGGCCGAUGGAAACCCCUACAUUAUUUCGCCGUCGACUUCUUUGCACCGUUCCUCUGCAUCUUGACCGAGUUGGACGACGGAACUGUGGCCGCUUUUGUUCAUUUCGACCGCCGACAAGAUUUGGUUUCUGGUAUCCUGACUGUUUCGCUGCGCUCUUGGGACUUACUGGACCCAUUGGCCAGUUUCAGCUCACCCGUCAAUCAGGACAUGUUAGCGGGUGAGCCCGUCUGGAUCAGGUCGUUAAAUGAAUUGCUGAACGAAACAGGUUGCACAAGAGAGACCUGCUUCAUUACUAGCGCGUUCUUCGAUACAACCACUGGCCAGGAAAGCAUAGCGCCACCUAAUUAUCUCUUCCUAACAUCUUUUCCGAAUGUCGGCAACUUGCAGAUGGCUUCUGUUGAGGUCGUCGAUGUGAGCAAAGUCUAUGUUACUCAGAGAUCCGAGUGGACGGUGAACAUUACUUUGGCUACCGAUAACGUUGCCGCUUUCGUCUGGAUUGAUUCUGGCACUUACUGCGGUACGUUUUCCACCAACGGAUUCAUGUUCUACGACCGCUUCAAGACUGUCAAAUUCUACUCCAAAACUGAAAUUGUCGACAUUGGUAAUUUCAAAAACAAUUUGAAUUUGAUUCACUUGGCUCAAAUUAUUCUAUGAUUGUGGGCUGAACGUGACUAUAAUUUCUUCCUAUCUUUACUUGUAUACUAUUCUAACCAGAAAAGUAAUAUAAUUGUACCGGAAAAA